CAAUAAUUCAUUCAAAAAGAAAUAUCUACAAAUAUCUAUCCGUAAGCAUAAUUUUUCAGAUCAUCAUUUGCAUCCGCGAAUUCUCUUCUUCUCCAUCCCUGGUUAUGCUACUGCCGUUGUUCUCCUCUCAUUGAUAAUAGAAGUCUGAUUUCAAUGGAUGAUUUGCCUGAUGAAGUAGUUUGGGACAUUUUAGGAAGAAUAAAGAAAACAGUUGAUAAAAACUCUGUUUCGUUGACUUGUAAACGUGUUCAUAAAUUAGAUAACGAGCAGAGAAAAUCUAUCAGAGUUGGCUGUGGAUUGGACCCUGCCAAUGAAGCAUUGGCUACUCUGUGCAACAGAUUUCGGAACUUGGAAAAAGUGGAAAUCUCUUACUCGGGUUGGAUGUCAAGAUUAGGGAAACAGUUGGAUGAUCAAGGGCUUUGCAUUCUUUCGAGCAGCUGCCCAUAUCUAAAAGAUCUCAAUUUAAGUUAUUGUACGUUUAUCACCGAUGCGGGUUUAAGCCGCCUUGCUUCUUGCUCCCAUCUUUCUGCUUUGAAAUUAAAUUUCACUCCGAGAAUAAGUGGCUGUGGGAUAUUAUCUCUUGUGGUAGGAUGCAAAAACCUUAGGUUGCUUCACCUUAUUCGUUGUCUUAAUGUUAGCAGCAUGGAGUGGCUCGAAUAUCUUGGCAAGCUUGAAACAAUUGAAGAUCUUUGCAUCAAGAAUUGUAGGGUAAUAGGAGAAGGUGAUUUAAUCAAGCUCGGGCCGAGUUGGCUCAAAUUAAAGCGCUUGCAAUUUGAGGUGGAUGCUAAUUACCGUUACAUGAAGGUUUAUGAUCGGUUAGCCGUAGAUCAAUGGCAAAAGCAGUGGAUUCCGUGUGAUAACAUGCUUGAGCUCAACUUGGUGAAUAGUAUCAUUAGUCCUGGUAGAGGUCUUGCAUGUGUGUUGGGGAAAUGCAAGAACUUGGAAAAAAUUCACUUAGAUAUGUGUGUUGGGGUACGAGACUGUGACAUUAUACGUAUGGCUCGUAAGUCGAGCAAUCUUCGUUCGAUUUCCCUCCGAGUUCCAUCAGAUUUUUCGCUCCCUCUUUUGAUGAACAAUCCAAUAAGAUUAACAGAUGAAAGUUUGAAGGCAGUGGCAGAGACUUGCUCACAUCUCGAAUCAGUGAGGUUAUCUUUCUCCGAUGGUGAGUUUCCUUCAUUUUCCUCAUUUACUUUACAUGGAAUUCUUAGUCUAAUACAAAGGUGCCCCAUAAAAGAACUUGCAUUGGAUCACGUAUACUCCUUUAAUGAUGUUGGAAUGGAAGCACUAUGUUCGGCUGAAUACCUUCGUAUAUUAGAACUCACUCGAUGCCAAGAGAUUACUGACGAGGGACUACAGCUUGUAGCGCAAUUUCCGAAGCUGUGUAUUUUAAAGCUUAGCAAAUGUUUAGGAGUUACGGAUGAUGGAUUAAGGCCACUUGUCGGAUCACACAAGUUAGAACUUCUAGCAGUCGAUGACUGCCCACAGAUAUCAGAAAGGGGCGUUCACGGGGCUGCUAAGUUGGUUACAUUCAAGCAAGACCUGUCGUGGAUGUACUGAGCGUCGAAAUUGAAAUGAUUAUAAUAUCUUAUUUGUUGUAUGGUUUAUAAUAUCUUAUUUCCUAUGGAGAAUUUCAGUUGGAAUAUUCAUUGAAAAGUAUACAUGCCUGUGUUCGAUUUAGUCCAUUCAUAGACAAAAUAUGUAGUUGUGAAGACAUUUUGUACAUAUUUGAUUCCUUGGACUCGACGUGACGUUUA